AUGUCGAAAAGCAUCGCCCUUCCCGCGCUCACCGCCUCCAUUCCGGCCUUCUACCACUUUCUCGCACCCAAGCCCACCACCGUUCAGGGCCUUUUCCUGCCCGUUGGCUACGGCUAUGUCGUUUCGUGCGUCGUCUCCGCGAUCUGGGUUACGUUCCUCAUGGGCGUGAAGGCCGGAAGCGCUCGCAAGGCAGCUCAGAUCCCCUACCCCUACCUCUACGCUGACAAGGCGGUUGCGGACAAGAACCGCGAGGCUCAUCUGUUCAACUGCGCCCAGCGUGUUCACCAAAACACCCUCGAGAACCUCACCGGCUUCGCAUUCCUCACGCUCUUCAACGGCCUCUUCUUCCCCAGGCUCACCGCCGCCAUCUCAGCGACGUGGGUCGUCUCUCGCAUUCCGUACGCUAUCGGCUACUAUUCGGGCACGCCAAGCAAGCGCGCUUUCGGCGCCAUCCUCAGCGGUCUCAGCUUCCUCGGUCUGCUGGUCACGGCGACCUACGCAUGCUUCGGCAUUCUCGGUGCUACCACCCCCAGCAAUACCCUCCUCUGA